ACAAACCACCGAGCUCCUAAAAGUCAAAGUUUGUCUUAUUUGAAAAUAAAUUUAUAUUUCCAAUAUCUCGACAAUUCGCUUUUGUCUUCUUCAGGGGGAUGAAACAGGGCUUUAGUCUACACGUCAUACAUUGUGCAUUUAAAAUGGUCACUAUACAAUAAUUAUUUCCAAUUAUUUCCAAAGAGAAUCCAUCGGUAUUCUAUUGGCCUGACUGCUUCCUUAAACAUCAAUUUGGACAUAAAAAGGAGGGAUAAUCUGUUGUGCUACGAUGUCGCAAAGUAGCAGUCUGGUAAUUCCCAUUGUUCUUUGGGGCAAGGAUGCUCCCACCCAUUCCAUCACCGCCAUGACCGUGGCACCUGACUUUUCCUCCAUUGUGACGGGAUGUCAAGACGGUCAGAUCAUCAUUUGGGACAUUCGGCAACAAACUGGGCCCCAUCGUCACUCUGACGUCCCUUCCCCCAUGGAACUUGAUGAUGACCUCAACAACAUUACCAACGUCACGAAUGAAAUGAUGGCACAGGGAGGGGCACAGCUGUUUAGUGGGGAAGGUGGCGGACCUAUGUGUAAUCAGCCAUGUUGGGAGAUCACUCCGCGAUGUUUUCUCAUUGGUCAUUCAGGAACGAUACUUUCCAUUGCGUACAUUCCAAUGGGGUCUGGAUCUGUUGAUCUCGUCGUCAGCUCGAGUGAUAAUAGUGAGCUGUGUAAUUGGGAUGCUGGCGAUGGGAGGUGUUUGGAAUCAAACAAAUGUGCUAAUUCCCAUAGCCGACUGCUGCCGUACCACUUAGCAUUCUGCCCUCAAGAUCCGAAAUUAUUCUGCACGGGAUACUAUCCUGAUGUACAAAUUGUAGAUCCAGUCACCCUUGAAACUAUUAUCUCACUUUGUUCACAUGUAAAUCCUGACUGGAUUUCGGCAUUGCAUGUCCUUAGGCCUAAUAAGAAAUUAGGUACACAUCCAAUUGAUUUAAUUUCAUAUUUUGUAGAAGGUGGGCUGAAAAUUUUUGGGUUAAUCCGUUUUUCCAUAUUAGAUGAUGUAAUUUUGGCGACGACUAUUAGUGGAACGGUCAAAGUGUGGACAAUAAAUGACCAAGAGUACCGAGAGAGAGCCCCUCUCCAUGAAAAUGAGUCAAAACAAAUCAAAACUAAAAAUGUAUCAACUCUAGUCUGCUGUUUGUAUAAUAAUCGGACAGUUUUAAUUGUGUCGGACAGAGCUUGGGAGGUGUACGAUGCGGGUGAUUUUUCAGUGUUAACCAGUUACCAACCCCGUGUAAGGCAAGAAAAGUGGGUUGGAGGUCAAUUCAUUUCUCCUGAAAGAGUUAUAAUUUUUGGAUCUUCCGGAAAAUCAUACUUAUUUAAGCUUCCAAACAAUUGUAUUGUGGACCACAAGGACUUUCAUCGCAUGGGUUACAAGGAAGAAGCAUUCAACUACUGCAUUUUGUGUGUUCCGAAUACAAAGUUUUUGGUUUCUGCACCACAGUACUUGGUACUACAGCCUCCAUCGACAGAUAACCCCCAAUUAAAGGGUUCCAAAUCAAUUUUACUAAGGGGCGAUUGCGAUUCGAAACUUACAAUUUGGAACAUUCCUCAAGUGACAAAUUCUCAAAUCAUGCAAUUAAAACAAAUGGCUGUUGGAGAUGAAAAUGCUAGUGAAGAGGCACAAAAGAUGUUGCAUGCAGCUUUCCAUCCUCCAGAGAUGCCACCAAAGUCUGUUUCUAGUCUUCAGCAAGCAUGGGAUAACCUAAAACCAUCACCUCCUGGAAUUCUCGAUCAAUUUGACACGGAAGAAUGCCGAGGACCUUUGUUGACAUGUUCCAUAUAUUUGGCACAACAAUGCCGGCUUGUGUGUGGCCGCGAAGAUGGGAGCAUUGUUGUUGUUCCUGCGACCCAAGCAGUUAUGCUACACUUGUUACAUGGAAAGCAUCAACAAUAUGAAGAAUGGCCAAUGCACCAAAUUCUCUUGGGUCAUAAAGGAAAAGUAAACUGUCUAGUUUAUCCACAUGGUGUACAUCCCAGAUAUGAUCCAGCUUAUCUGGUUUCCGGUGGUCGUGACUUUUCAGUCAUUUUAUGGGAUAUUGUGAAAUGCGACCUUCUUCACCGAUUUUGUGUACAGGCGGGGGAAAUUACACAAAUCUUGGUCCCUCCAAAUGAGUGCAGUCCGAGAGUCCUACAGACCGUAUGCAGUGUUUCUGGUGACCAUUCCGCCGCCCUACUUUCUCUACGAGAGAAAAAAGCAAUUCUCCUCGCGUCUCGACAUUUAUUUCCUAUUAUAUCAAUUAAAUGGAGACCAUUGGACGAUUUUCUAAUCAUUGGAUGUUCUGAUGGAACUGUGCACGUCUGGCAGAUGGAAACUGGUCAUUUGGAUCGAGUUCUGUAUGGAAUGGCUGCUGAAGAUGUGCUCCAAGCUUGUGAUGAAAACGGGAAUAUUUUGGCUGUUCAAGACACAGGACUAGCAAACCCAGCUGUGCAUUUCUUUAGAGGACUGAAAUCUAGGAAUUUAGCAGCAAUUCGCCAUGCUGCGCAAAGGGGACUACACCAACUUCAUGGAGCAGGCCAACAAGGUCCACUUGAUCCUUUAGAUCAUGGUCGUCAACGUCUUCCUCCCUUGAUGAUUCAGGGUCUCAGGACAAAUGAAAACGAUCCGGAGGCGCACGUGUUAUUUUUUGACAUUGAAGCUUUGAUUGUCCAACUUCUUGCUGAAGAAUAUGGCGCCGUUUCUCCAGCGUCACUAGAAGCCCAAGGUCUUAUUAGUCAAACUGAAUUUUGUAAAAUCUUGGCACUUACCCACUCUGCAAGUCCGGACGCUCAGCAGAAAAUCGCAGAUUUUUUCGGGAAGGUGAAAGAUCGAGCUGGUGAUAUGGAACGGAUAUUAAAAGACAAAGACAAGCAUGGAUUAUUAUCAAAGGUUAAAGAGGGCGCAGAAAAAAUUCAAGCAAAAGCAGAAUCAGCAUUGCUGAUCAAACAAGAAAAAGAAUUGAACGCCAGUCGCAAAAAUUCCAGUGCAAGUUUAAUUGGGUGCGAAAUAUCGUCCACAUCUUCCGGUCCGCGAAGAAAUAGAAGUCUUCUUUUCGAAUCCACUAUUCCAAUGGAAAUUGCCCAACUGCUUUUGUCGCUGCUUCUUGGGUGGGGUCUGGAUGUUGAGUUGGAUGGCAUUUCUGAAGCAAGAUUAGGCCUCCUCAAGCCACUCGUGCCCAUCUCGUUUGGUCAGAUUUCUAGAGGCUACAUGUCCUUAAUGUCGCCCACUUGGAAACCUGCAACAAAAACGAAAUUGGAAGACGUCUUAAAAAUCACCUCUACCUUGUCCCAACGUGUCAAAUGGUUCACUAGCAGAACUCAUUGGGAAAUCUCAAACUCAAUGUCGACCAACCAUUUGUUGUCAAUUGUGGCUUUAGCAAACACUUUAAUGUCGAUGCAAAAUGCAACGUUUGUUCCUGAGCAAGAACGAGUGCGCCGAGCGAAUCGCCCAUCCACAAAAAAUCCACAAAAUCAACAGGAAGACUCGUAUGUGAGUCAACAAGCAGCAUCGAAGCACGGGUGGUCACUCGUCGCAACUUUGCACUGUUGCAUGCUCCAUGAAAAAUUGAAAACUCUCGGAGAUUUUAAGGAACCUUUAGUAGAAACUUUAGCGAUCAGAUGGCAAGACCGCUGUGUCGAAAUUCGGGAUGCUGCACAAGCACUGCUUCUGGCAGAGUUAUCAAGGAUUGGAGUUGACGGACGAAAGAAACUGGUGGAGACUUGGGCACCAUUUUUACCUAAUUUGCAAAUUGGUCCUUUCGUAAACCCCUCAACCGCAAAUACUGGAAUAAUUUCUACUACACAGAACCCCGGCACUGGUACUACACCGGUUACAACACCGUCGAGCCAGGGUGAUGCCGCAGAAGAUAACUUGUCUGUCACUGGCCCAGGUGGUCCAGGAUCUGAUCAAGAUUUUGAUGAAGACGUUGAAGAACCAAGUUUACGACCCUCGCCUUCUGAAUUUAAGAGGAAACAAACAACAGCCAUCAUUCUUCUGGGUGUAAUUGGAGCAGAAUUUGGACUUAGCUUGAUAGAUCUGAAUACCGCUAGGACAGUUGACGUUGGGAGAAAUAAAGGUGUUGAAGGCUUUGGUGUAGGAAACAGCGAUCUCGCCAGAUUGACAAGCAAAGCAUUGACCCACCUCCUCCUUAAUCCUCAACUGAAUCAGCAGUCUCAAAAAUCUGGAUUGACGACAGCUGGGCCUUAUUCAUCUCUUCGAAGAGCUGCUAUCGAUUUAAUCGGAAGAGGAUUUACAGUCUGGGAACCCUUUUUGGAAGGGUCAAAGGUUUUACUUGCUCUAUUGGAGUUGUGCUGUGAGGCGGAUAAUCUUGUUCCAAGCAUGUCAUUUGGAUUACCGCUUACCCCUCAAGCCGACGCUUGCCGAACAGCGAGGCAUGCUCUUACAUUGAUUGCUACUGCUCGACCCGCUGCGUUCAUAACCACUAUGGCAAAGGAGGUGGCUCGGUACAAUACACUCCAACAGAAUGCUCAAGCCAUCCAAAUAAAUCUAAACAACAUUAUACUGAAUCGAUCUAAGCCCGAAAUUCUCAGAGUUAUUGAACUUUUAAUUGAGAAAAUGCAAUCCGAAAUCUCUGACUUGAUCGUGGAGGUGAUGGACAUUGUCUUGCAUUGCGUGGAUCAUGGCCACCUAAAGACUAGGGGGCUCUCGGAUGUGUUUCCUGUUCUCUGCAGAUUUUCCCAAGUCAGUCACUGUCCUACGACACGAAGAAUUUCCGUUGGGAGUAAACAAGGGAAUUUGGCUAUUUAUGAAUUGCGUAGCUCUAAAUGUCAAAGCAUUACAGCACAUAAUAGUCCUAUAACUGCGUGUGCUUUCUCACCUGACGGGAAAUUUUUGGCAAGCUAUACCUGUACGGAGAAUAAGAUGUCAUUUUGGCAGACGAGCUCUGGGAUGUUUGGCCUUGGUCAUACUCAAACCCGUUGCGUUAAGACUAUAAGUACUGUUCCCCUGCCAGAUAAUCUCAAGAACACUAUCAGAUCUCCAAAACUGGUGUGGACCGGAUCGCGCAAUGUUAGCCUGUUGUUGGCCGACGGAUCUGAAAAUCGUUACGGCGUGUAGAGUGUAAUAUUUAAUAGUGUUUAGCUAUUCCCUCUUCUUGGGUGGUUUGUGGAAAUUUAUAGUGAGAUAACUAACUAGUCGAUUUUGUGUGGCAACCCCAAACUGAUGAACCUCGUCUGCUGACCUUUUUCCGUUAUUGUGAUUGAGAUUUAAUAGUCUACAUACUGCAUGCAUAUUGGGUCAUUGUCGGACCCCUUUUAAUUUUCAGUCAAUUUCUCCAAGUCGUGUAUUAAAUUUCUUGGUGCUUGCAAUUUUUUUAACAUUAUGCAUGACUAUUGUGAAAGUUUAUAUGUACAUUUAAGGCAUUAUGCAAAGAUAUGAGUGUCUAAUUUUGUAGAUUAAUACUACUUUUAUUGGUUCAGUUGGUCGAUAUUUUUUGAGAUAACAAAACGAAAGAAAUAUUCUGUAGUUGAUACAAAAUUGAAUGACACUCAUAAACCAUGUAAUAUACAAAAAAAGUGUAGCAGAUUAUAGAAUGUAGCUAUGUAAGAAAUCGUAAAAAAUAUCACUCUGUAAGGAUUUUAAAAUGUGAUGUACCUAUUAAUUAACGUUCGUUGUUGGUCAUUCAGGAAUAAAUAAUUCCAUGAUCUCAUUCAAACGA